AAGGCACCAUUUCUGGGAAAAUGUACCGAUGUACCGACCAGCACAAUAAACCGCGCAAGGUACAACAGGGCCACCGCCGAAAAAAGUAGGAAAACGACGGGCUUAGAGAUGAAAAAUUGUGCUGGCGAUUGGGAUGAAGAUGGAGAAUUCUCGAGGGCUUCUGAAUUGAUAGACACGCCUCAUAACUACUAUGGUAACUACUAUGGUAACUACUAUGGUAACUACUAUGGUAACUACUAUGAUAGCUACUAUGAUAACUACUCGAUAUUAUACCGAAAAUAGGGCCAGGAGUACUUCGUCGGGCGGUGAGAAUGGGCUGUUUAUGUUUUGUUCCUUGUCCCUUCCGUAGCGGCCACAUUUCAAUCAACCAGCGCCUGAAAUGCCCGAGUCGCACCAAGUGCGUGAUGCACGUGCCCCCAAUCACACACCCAACUCGCAACUCGCAACUCAACGCCAGUCAUCCCCGCACUUACCAUGGAUUUCAACGAAAACCCCCUUAAACAGCUCAUUCUACAGCACAAUAACAAUACACGUGUGCUACUUGAAAGACCUAAACCCUCACUUCUUUGAAACAAAACAGGUCGAGGUCCAGCCCUCCAUCCCACGGAGCCUUCUCAUUCGCCAGCCUUUCGGGCGAGGCUGACCAAGCAACGCUGCAAAUGAAUUUUCUAUGAUCGCAUUCCUCAGCCUCACCAACCUUCCCCCCCCCCCCAAGCCAUGCUGCGUCGACUUUAAGAAACUCAUCCCCCACCAACACCAGUCUCUUCACAAUGUCCAAAUUCGGCGUGCUGGUCAUGGGCCCGGCGGGCGCCGGCAAGACCACCUUCUGCAGCUCCCUCAUCACGCACCUGCACCAUAACCGCCGCUCCUCCUUCUACAUCAACCUCGACCCCGCCGCCGAGACCUUCGACCACGAGCCCGACCUCGACAUCAAAGACCUGAUCUCCCUCUCCGACGUGAUGGAGGAAAUGGGACUCGGUCCCAACGGGGGUCUAAUCUACUGCUUCGAGUUCCUCCUCGAGAACCUCGAUUUCAUCACCGAAGCUAUCGACCCGCUCUCCGAGGAGUACUUAAUCGUCAUCGAUAUGCCAGGGCAGAUCGAGCUGUACACGCAUGUUCCUGUGCUGCCGGCGCUGGUGAAGCACCUCACGAUGCAGGGGGGUUUGAGUGUUAAUCUCGCGGCGGCGUAUUUGUUGGAGGCGACGUUUGUGGUUGAUCGGGCGAAGUUUUUUGCGGGGACGCUGUCGGCGAUGUCGGCGAUGAUUAUGUUGGAGGUGCCGCAUGUGAAUAUCCUGUCCAAGAUGGACCUUGUGAAGGGGCAAGUGGGGAAGAGGGAACUCAAGCGGUUUUUGGAUCCCGAUGCAUCGCUGCUCGAUGAUGAUCCUUCGGACCUCGGGGAAGGGGAGGGGCCAGGGGUCGGUGAUCCUCUGGAAAACGGGAGUAUGAUGCGCGGCGAGAGUUUUCGGCGGCUGAAUCGCGCGGUGGCGGGGUUGAUUGAGAGUUUCAGCAUGGUAUCGUAUUUGCGGCUUGAUGUGCAGGAUGAGGAUAGUGUGGGGGCGAUUCUGAGCUAUCUCGAUGAUGCGAUUCAGUAUCAUGAGGCACAGGAGCCGAGGGAGACGGGCGAUUUGGCGGAGAUCGAGUAUGAGGAUGGGGAUGGGGGGGAGUAGGGUGUUGGGAGGAAGGGGUGGUUAAGUGGGUUAUGCAUUUGUUGGAGUUUGGGGGGGGGAUAAACUGGGAUAGGUUCGCAUAGCGGGGGCGUUAUACUGGUGCCUAUCUGGGAUUUGUUUGGGAUCUUUUGUAUAACAAGUAUAUUCAGCUUGAAAAUGAAUACUUGUAAAAGUUCUAGGAUAAGGCUGGGAAAAUUCAUGACGACAACACAGAUUUCAAUCUCACUUCGCGAAGUCACAACACACAAAUCAAAUCAUACC